AUGAAUAUCCGUGCUCAAAUAAUUCUAUCUAAUAAUGAACAAAUUCUUCUUAAAGAUAAUAAUCGAUUGUUUUUUGUUCAAACAUUUAUUCAAGGAAUAGAACCAACUAAGGAAAUACUUGAUAAAGAUGAUAAUUAUUUAUAUCAUAUGGGUUAUCUUUUAAGACAAUGGAGAUUAGCUUCGAAAAAUUAUUUAUCUAAUAAUAAUAUAAAACAAGAAUAUGAAGAAUUUACAAAUCAAUGGUGGGAAAAACAAGCUAUUUCUACUGUUGAUACUUUUCUUUUAUCGAAUUUGUUGGAAUGUAAACAAAAUUUGAUUAAUUUAAAUGAAAAUUUUGAACGUGGUCUUAUUCAUAAUGAUUUUCAUACAAAUAAUUCAAUAAUGAGAAAUGAUAAAAAAAUAUUUAUUAUUGAUUUUGUUGAUGCAUGUCAAACAGUAUUUAUAGCUGAUUUAGCAACAUCUCUUUUUCAUUUAUUAAUUGAUCAACAAAAUGGAAAACAUCGAGCAAAACUAUUUUUAAAUGGAUAUCAACAAAAAGUACAAUUAUCCAUCGAAGAAAUUAAUAUUCUCGAUAUAAUGGUUCGAUUUAAAUUAACUAUGAGUAUCAUUGAAGAUUUACAUAAUUCAGAUGAUCCCAAUGAUUUUUUCAUUCAAUCUUGUUUUCAUUUAUUACAUACACUUAAAAAUGAUUCGACAUUAGUGAAAAAUUUAAUAUAA